CUUGUGAAUUCAUUUUCACCCUUUAAUUUUUGCAAUCCCCCAACAGGCCAACCUGGUGUUUUUGGUGGGUCUCCUGAGCUGAGUUUCUCAGAUCAAUGGCAGCCAUACUAGAAUCUUUGCUUGGAUCAUGUGUCAAUAAGUUGCAAAAUAUUAUUAGUGAUGAGGCCAUACUGAUUCUAGGGGUGGAAGAAGAGCUUGUAGAAGUGUUGCGACGGGUAGAACUAAUACGUUGUUGUAUAUAUGAUGCUGAGAAAAGGAGAACAAAAGAGCUUGCAGUGAACAAUUGGCUUGGUCAACUGAGAGAUGUUAUAUAUGAUGUAGAUGAAAUCUUGGACGUGGCUAGAUGCAAAGGAAGCAAGCUACUGCCUGACCAUCCAUCAUCAUCAAGCAAAUCAGCUUCCUACAAAGGCCUUUCAGUUUCCUCUUGCUUUUGUAACAUCGGGUCACGCCACGAUGUGGCUGUUCGGAUUAGAAGUCUGAACAAAAGGAUAGACAACAUCUCAAAAGAUACAACAUUUUUAACAUUCAGCAGUAGUACACAACCUACUGGAAAUGGUCCAACAUCCAAAUUGAUAAGAAGUUCCAACCUUGUUGAGCCCAACCUUGUGGGAAAGGAGAUCAUACAUUCUAGCAAGAAGUUGGUAGGCUUAGCACUUGCUCACAAGGAAAAUAAGUCUUAUAAGCUUGCUAUUGUUGGGACAGGAGGAGUUGGUAAGACAACACUAGCUCAGAAAAUAUUCAAUGACCAAAAAAUAAAAGGAAGCUUCAAGCUACAUGCAUGGAUUUGUGUUUCACGUGACUACAAUGAAGUAACUAUUCUAAAAGAGGUUCUUCGAAAUAUUGGUGUGCAUCAUGAGCAAGGAGAAACCAUAGCAGAACUGCAGAGAAAGCUUGCAGAAACAAUUGAAGGGAAGAGUUUCUUUCUGGUUUUAGAUGAUGUGUGGCAUCCUAAUGUUUGGACGGAUUUAUUAAGACCCCCAUUCCAUACAACAAUUUCCGGAGUAAUAUUGAUAACCACACGAGAUGAUCAAAUUGCAGUGAGAAUAGGCAUACAACAUACCCAUCAAGUUGAUCUCAUGUCAGUAGAGGUGGGGUGGGAGCUACUUUGGAAGAGCAUGAACAUUGUCGAGGAGAAAGAAGUGCAUAAUUUGAAGACAACGGGGAUGGAGAUUGUUCGUAAAUGUGGUCGCCUCCCUCUUUCAAUUAAGGUUACUUCUAGUGCUUUGGCAAGCAGAGAUCUAACUGAGAAUGAAUGGAGAAAGUUUUUAGGUAAAUACUCUGGCCCUCAUGGGAUGCUCUCUGAUGACAUAGAAGGCGUCCUAUACGUAAGCUAUGAUGAAUUACCGCAUCGUCUGAAACAAUGUUUCCUUUAUUGUGCUUUGUAUACUGAAGAUUCUAUCAUGUACCGUGGUGUAAUUACGAAGUUAUGGAUUGCUGAAGGCUUCAUUGAGGAGCAACAAGGCCAGCUACUAGAAGACAUAGCGGAAGGGUACUACUAUGAGCUAAUCCAUCGGAAUCUCCUCCAACCAGAUAACACAAUUUUUAACCAAUCUCAAUGCAGAAUGCAUGACCUCUUAAGACAGCUUGCUUGCAAAUUAUCACGGGAGGAAUGUUUUAUUGGAGACGUUGAAACAUUACGGGGUGAGAAUAUCUUAAAAUUGCGACGUCUUUCUGUUGUCAGUAAGAAGGAUAAAUUAGUGUUACCUAGCAUGGAUAACAUGGCAGUUAAGGUGAGGACAUUCCUUGCUUUUUAUGGUCCAUGGAGAAUUGAGGAUACAUUGUUCAAGAGAUUUCUACUUCUUCGUGUUUUAGCCUUGAAUUACUCAAUUGUGCAAAACAUUCCAGAUUAUAUAGGAAAACUGAUCCAUCUACGUCUGCUUGAUCUUGGUCAUACUGGCAUAUCUCAUCUUCCAGAAUCCAUUGGAUCCCUAAAGAAUCUUCAAGUAUUGAGCUUGAUAAAUUGUGAUGCUCUGCACAUUCUCCCGUUGGCGAUAACCCAAUUAUGCAAUCUACGAUGUCUUCGUCUUACUGGCACAAAAGUAAAUCAGGUCCCAAAAGGGAUAGGAAAUUUGAAUUUGCUCACUGAAUUACGAGGAUUUCUAGUCGGCGACAGAAGUGAUAAUUCUGAUGUACAAGAUGGGUGGAAGUUGGAAGAGUUGUCUUCUUUGCCGCACAUGAUGUAUCUCAAUCUUGUUAAAUUGGAAAGAACGGCUCAUUGCCGUAUAAAUUUAGUGUUGGCGGACAAAAAGCAUCUAAAAGAACUGGUACUAGAGUGGACCGCACAUGGAGAGGGACCAUAUUCAGAAGAUGUUAGCAAUGCUGAGAAGGUCUUUGAGCUGUUAGUACCUCCACGAAACCUGGAAACCCUUUAUAUAUUUGGAUUCUGUGGUAAGAGGUAUCCCACGUGGUUUGGUACCAUAUGUUUGUCUUCACUAACACACUUGUUCCUAAAAAAUCUACGAUCAUGUGUGGAUCUUCCACCUGUCGGCCAGCUACCAAACUUGAAAUUUCUAAGAAUUGAUGGAGCACAGGCAGUUACCAAGGUUGGACCUGAAUUUGUUGGCUACAGGAUGAGUGAACCGAUAUGCAAUGUGUUUGUUGCCUUCCCUAAACUUGAAUGGUUCUUCAUUAAGGAUAUGCCCAACUGGGAGGAGUGGUCUUUUUUGAAGGAAGUGGGAAAUGUUGUUGAUGAAGGAGAGGAUGGUGAUGGUGAGAUUUGUAAUGGUGAUGCGCAAUCUACACGAUUGCAACUACUACCUUGUUUGGUGAAGUUGAAAGUCGAAGGUUGCCCCAAGCUGAGUGUUCUCCCACGACAGCUUGGAGAUGACACCACCAGCCUGAAGGAGCUCUUGUUAAUUGGAGCGAACAACUUGAAGGCUGUGGAGGACCUCUCAAUACUCGAGCUCCUUGUCAUUGAGGAUUGUGAAGGCCUCGAGAAGGUCUCCAACCUCCCUCAAGUGUUAAAAUUGCAAGUACGUGGUUGUUCAAACUUAAGCCAUGUAGAGGGGUUGGGCAAUUUGCAGCAGCUGGGGUUGGGCGAGGAUAUGCAGGAGAUAUCUUCCCGUUGGGUGCGUGAACUUCAGAACCAGCACCAGCGACUUCAUGGUGAAGACCUGGAUGUCUACACACUGUCUACCUGUUAGAUGGCAAUGAAAGC